UGUCGCCGCCCAUUUCAAGCUGUUCGAUGCUCUUGUGGAGCUAGGUACAUCGGCUACAAGCGAAGAUGUCCUAGAAGUCUGUAAACAGAGACUACCAGCAAGCGAAAAUGCAGCCUCUGCUCCAGGAUUGACUCUAAUUAAGGACAGUCUGCAUGCGAUGGCAGGCUUAGGCCUCAUCGAUAGCGAGGCAGAUAACGCGUUUAGCCCGAACAGUCUAACCAAACAUCUAGCUGCGCAUCAGUCUGCAAUACAUGGAGGAGUUCAUUUGUGGGUUUUCUAUCUGUAAUACGACUGAACAGGAGCUAAUCUCACCACCAAGCACGUCGGAGAUGUUAAUGGCUGCUUCGUUCCUUUUUCCGAUGUUGAAGGCGACCAAUUUCAAGUAUCCAUUCCGAGAAUGCGAGACGCCAAUGCAGUAUGCGCAUAAGCUUAUGGGGAACGAGGACUAUUCGAAGAAGCAUGCGUACGCAAUUAUGUCUGACGAGGGACGGAUGGACAGCUUUAACUCGUUCAUGGAUGGAAAGUUUUUCAAGAGCCCAAGCAGUCCCGAGCGUUUGAACAUGUUGCAGUAUGAUCUCGGGGCUGUACUAGAAAGUGCUCCGCCGACAGCGAUAAAAAUGGUCGAUAUUGGCGGCAGUCGCGGGGAGUUGCUCCUAGAGUUGAAGGAAGCAUUCCCGCAGCUACAGGACAAGGAUUUGGUCGUGGAGGAAUUCAAUGACGAUCUGGGCGAUGUGCCAGGCAUUACCCAGGUGCAAUGGAAUUUCAAAGACGAGAGCAGUCCGCAGCCGAUUAAGGGGGCGCUGAUCUACCACCUGUCGCACGUCCUGCAUAAUCUCCCAGACCUGGAUGCAGUGCGGCUUCUACAGCGGAUUGGCGAGGCAAUGGAACCGCAUUCGCGGAUUCUGAUUCACGAACUGGCCAAAGGCAAAGAGAUGGCUAUGGUGCACGUUGCGAUGGUGAUACUAUUCGGUGGAAGGGAGAGGACCGCAGAGGAGUACCGGAAACUUGCGGAGGCAGCUGGUCUGAAGGUCACAUUCGAGGCAUUCCCACCAUUCGGAGAUGGUGUGAUUGAACUGAUGAAGCCGGAGGCCGAAGAAUCACUCUGUCGGGAGACCGGGGGAUCCCUGUGUCGCGAGCCCACAAAUGACAGAAGCUCACCUGUGACCUGAUUAUUAAAUCAGAAUCAUUUUGAGAAUGAAC